GUCUUAGUAGCCAAGACGGCGCUUCGACACCUCGAAAGUUUCCUUCGUGUAAGUUUGCAGGCCUGUUUAGACUUCCUUAUCACUCAGACAAAGUUCACCAAACCGUUGUGAUUGAGACAGGAGUUUGAUCAGAAGAUGGACAGUAUAGACACAAAGAGGUUAUAUGACAGCAACGGCAAUGAUGGUGCAUUUUCAGGGUGUGCUGUACUCUUCUUAGGGUGCAGCAGUCCAGCUCACAACCUUUUAUCACUUUACAAAGACGAGCAAGGGAAAUUCAGCGUGUUCAAGGUUAUUAAACUCACCCUUAUAGAUUCUGUUGGUGGACUGGAAGGGUACGAAAUCCUGAAACUGCACGAUGCUGAUCCUUUCCUUGGGGUGGAACUUAAAUUCAUGGCCAUGCCUCCCUGUCAGCGAUUCCUGGAGAGCUAUGCGUGUGGUUCGCUUGCUCAGUUUAUGUCCCAGCAUGCCUCACGCCUUCUUACUCUUCCUGAUGGGGUUGUCACGGAAACACAACUCAAAGCAGGGAUACAUACGUUGGACCAAAGCCUUCAAGAUGUAGAGAUGUGUCUGGAAAACAUACGCCAGUCACAGCCUGUGCGUUUGCGAGAUGACGAGGUCACACAGUUGGAGCAGCAGCUGCAGAACAGCUUCGGUCCUCCCAGUCAACCGCCGCAGGAGCUGCCCAGGAACUGCUUUCUGUUUCAGAAAAGAGUUUUUGACGAUAGGCCUUUGACUUCAGCAGACCAGCAGCGGUUUGCUGCUCAUGUGGGACGGGACUGGAAACGAGUGGGACGGGCUUUACAAAAGAACUGUCGUGCCCUAAAAGGCCCUGCUAUCGACAAUCUCGCCUAUGAGUAUGAGAGGGAAGGGCUUUAUGAACAGGCCUAUCAACUGAUUGGACGUUUCAUCCAAUCAGAAGGCAGGAGUGCCAAACUGAGCCGUCUUAUCAGUGCACUAGAGGAGACAAAACUGACAAGCAUGGCAGAGAUCAUGCUGGGCAUCCAGCCACGAGAUUGAGACUGUACGAGAAUGAAUGAAUGAAUGUGUGUGUGUGUGUGUGUGUGUGUGUUCGUUCUUUUUGUACAUGUGUGAUUGUUUCCAAGAUAUAUAGCUAAAUUUGAAGUGUGUGCGCACUCAUUUUUGUGAAAUGUUUUUUCAUCAUGACCUUAUAAUUUCUAUCUGUCUCUUACUUGAAAUUUCACAAUCACCUGUCGUCUGCCCAAAAUGACAUACAUUUUAAAUAAAGAGUUUUUCAUGCAUAUUUCAUGCAUAACUCAAGAUUUGUCCUCCACGUUGUCCUGUCUGCGUUUUA